GCAAGCACCACCGCCGCCAGCUGCGGCGGUCAGAGGAGAUGCAUCGGCAUGCGCCAGAGCACGAGGCAAGCAGGCUCCGGGCGUCUUCGCUCGGAUCUAUGUACAGCCGGCCUCCGAACAGUGCGAAUCGCAUCGCCCGUGUAUCCUACAGUCCAGAGGAGUAUUUCCAGGCGUCGCUGACACCCAGCAUGCUCAUGACGAGUCCUCCAAGCUCAGCUGCCGACCUGAUAGGUGGGCAGGGUGCACUGGCGCCUGCACAGGAGCACUACGGUGGAUUGUAUUCCGAUGAAACGACAGGGGUACUCAUGGCAUCUGUAUUUGCGACCGAAGGCAGCCUGGAUCCAGCGCUGCUUGCGGAGACGAGCACGACAGCGAAUCAGCCCUUUCCCGUGCUCGACUCGGUGGUGCCGCCGUCGUCAUCCCCAGAGCUGCUGCUUUCGCUGGCGUCGACAACUGCGCCGAUGAGGGCGGAAACUUCCACGAGAGUUCCUGGCAUGACGAGCGAGCCUUUCUACCCUCCUAGCCGGCAAAAUUCCAGGAAUGAAGAACACCGCCCGGAGCUACAGGAGGUGUUGGACUUCAUACAGGAGUACGGCCGGUAGAAAGAAAAUUGUUCCUCUAAACAAAAAAACGCAAAUAGAAGACGUGUAGACCGAAAAGGCGACUGGCUACCUGCCAAACCUAAACAGACCGAACCUAUAGAAGUCCUGUAGACCGAACAAUCAGCUUUCCUAUGACUGUGAGAGACAAGAAGUGACUUGGACCUGCCAGCGGGCAUGCUCAGCAAGCAAGGCAACGGCGGCUCCUCGACAAAAUUUGCUGUGGGAGUCAGCGGGUUUGGGUCCGAGCAAUUUGAGCUAU